GCCAAGUGCAAAAUAUCCGAGUUUCAUAAGCCUAUUUCAUAACAUCUUCACAUUUUCACACUUCAGUCAACAUCUCGAAACGAACAAUGUCACAAAUCAGCUCCACUCAAGAAAACCCUGCAUCGCCGCCCAAGUUCCUUUUCGAUGUCGACGAUUGCCUUGGCGAAUGGAACGUACCGGUUCAGCAAUGGCUCGAUACACACAAAGUGCAGCUUGAGGAGCGACAGAUCAAGCUAGACAGGUUGGCGACAGGCUGUAUCGUGGUCAACCCCGAAGGCAAAGUCCUCCUCAUCCAGCGCGCCAGCCAUGAUUCUAUGCCAAACAGAUGGGAGAUACCUGGAGGUGCUGCUGAUGACAGCGAUCCCACCAUUCUGCACGGCGCUGCACGGGAACUGUGGGAGGAAACGAGGCUUGUCGCCAAGCGUUUCGUCCGUCCCGUUACAGAAGGACCGGAGGAGAGGGACCUGCAAGUGUUUCCAAAUAGCACGAAAACACUAUGGCUUUGUAGGUUUUCGUUUGAAGUGGAGGUCGAAAGUGCCAGUCAAGUUACGUUGGAUGCGGCUGAGCACCAGGAUUUUGUUUGGGCAACGGAGGAUGAAGUCAGGGAGCAGAAAAUUGGUGACCGGGACAUUCCUAUUACGCACGAGUCUGCGAGGUCUGUUAUUUUGGAAUCUUUCCGGCUGAGGAAUGAAAACUAGCCCGGUGACUACCUAUAUUGAAGGGGUCUCAGUGGGGGAUCGAAGCUGAUUGCGCUAUCGAAAUAUACACAAGUUCAAUGGUUGCUGGCACACGAGGUUGCCUUCAUAUACCACAAUCAGGUUAUUUUAUCAUUAAGAUGAGCUAGAUUGAUCAAAGGCCGAUUACUCGAUAUCUUUUAUAUAUAUAUAAAGAAUGAUACAUCAAAUGAGACCUUGCUCAAAGAGAUACAUC